GCGAAUUCAUCCCUCCAGAACCAUUCUGUCGGUAGUCGUGCACCCACGACACCCAAACGGAACGGCCGCAACUGCCCGCGAGUGACUAAACCGAAUAUGUGAGCACACCGCGCCCGCCAAACGAAGUUUUGCGAAGCAAGAAGAUAUGUAGUAGGACCGUAACCAUCCUGUAACUCUCGGCUCUUGACUAUCACCCGCUUCACUCGUGGGUCCCACAGAAGGCCUUGUACGACACGGGAUACUAUAUUGCGUGUGUCCACAUCGCUACUGCCAUGGCGGACGCUACACCGCCUGCACCACCACCACAACCACAGCAGCCCGUAAUCGCCAACCAGAACUUCGCUCACGAUGUCGAAGUCGAUACAGAUUCCGCCGACUCCGGCAUCGGCUCCGACAUAGCCUCCAUAGAAAGCACCUCUCUCGCCUCCUCCAUCUACGGCUACAAGUACGAAAAUGGCCGCCGCUACCACGCCUAUCGCGAUGGCGCCUACCUCAUGCCCAACGACGCCGAAGAACAAGAUCGACUAGAUUUACAUCACCAUAUUUACCGGUUAGCGUUAAAUGGAGCUUUACAUCGUGCACCGCUGGGACCGAAUUUUCGACGCGUAUUGGAUUUUGGAACCGGGACGGGAAUUUGGGCAAUUGAUAUGGCGGAUGAGUAUCCCGAGGCGGAGGUUGUGGGGGUGGAUUUGAGUCCGAUUCAGCCUGACUGGCUCCCCGCCAACUGCAAAUUCUACGUCGACGACAUCGAAUCCCCCUGGACCUGGUCCCCCCACGAAGCCUUCGACUACAUUCACGGCCGCGGCAUGGGCGGUUCCGUCGCCGACUGGCCCCAACUCUACACUUCCAUUUACGAAAAUUUGAAACCCGGCGGCUGGGUCGAAAUGCAAGAAUACGAAGCUUGGAUUUCUUCAGACGAUGAUCCGGAACUGACGAAAGCGCCGAAUACGAAACUUUGGCAGGAACUGGUCGAUGAGGCGAGUACGAAGUUUGGGAAGAGGAUGAAUGUUGCGAGGGAGCAGAAGAGGUGGAUUGAGGAGGCGGGGUUUGUGGAUGUGAGGGAGGAUGUUGUUAAGAUUCCUAUUGGCCAUUGGGCGAAGAAUCCAAAACUCAAGGAAGUCGGACGAUACCAACGAGAACACAUGAUUGCUUGUGUCGAAGCUUUCACGUUGGCGCCUUUGACGCGGAUAUUGGGUUGGAGAAUGGAAGAGGCGCAGGUUUUGAUGGCGGGAGUCAGGAAUGAGUUCAAAGAUCCCAAGUUGCAUUUAUUGACGAUAUUUCAUUUUGUAUACGGGAGGAAACCGGUUGUGUAGCUUGCAGGAACGAUAUCCAGGAAUCGGGCGUUUGACAAAUAGCUGAGCCAGCGAUGGCGAUCAUGACAAUGACUUUUGUACAGAAUGGAAUGA